AUGUCGGGUGUCGUUGUGAAACCAAACAUGCGCAACGAGCUGGUGAACGAUCCGAACUGUGCAGCUUUUCCUUGGUUAUGCUUGAUCCUUGAUUAAAACCGUACAGCAUAUUUGUUUAUGUAGGUAGUUCAAUGAAAUAUAUUCUCGGCGCGAAAAAAUGGAUGUAGAGUUGCUAGAUUCCAAAUUCAGCAGACUACAAGAACCAUGUCUGCUAGGGAAUCCAGUACACCCACACCUAACCUAGCCUAAACAAGCCAUGAUAGCUGAACCAAUUGAGACAUCAUCACCAUCAUGGAGUGAGGCCGGUGGAAUUUUUCUAAUGUGAUUGGCUUCGGAGAUCGGAAUGAAAAGCCAGGAGGAGCUGCUGAUGCACUUUGGUGAAGGCGCCAAUAUCGAGGCAAAGACGGCACUCAAUAUCGAGGCACUUACUACUAAACGACCGAGUUUGCUGAAUUUUGAACGUUGAUUGAAUUUUGAAUUUUGUUGAUUGAUAUACAUACAAAUACAGCAUCAGUAUGCCUGUGGCGCUUGAGGUCGUGAGUUUUAAAUUCGUCCUUUGUUCAUCCUUGCCGUUCUCGAUAUUCUUCCCCAUGCAUGGGUUAGCACGCUCGUGCAAUCUUCGCUGACUGGGGUGUUUCAUCGCUUGCAUUGCUCAGUCCUCUUUAACACUUGAGGUGCUGAGAGACCCUAAGCAAGCACGUGGGGUUUUUUUUUUAAGUCUCACUCUCUCUUGCGCCUCUGCGCAAUCAACAGGUCGGAUACUUCUCAAAAUCAUCGAGGAGCCUCAUCUUCAGGUCUCUUCUCGCGGACGGUCGGGAGGGUUCCGCGACCGAAUUUCAAAGACGCAACUGCUCGAUCUUGGAAAGAAUAUCAACGGAAAACUGUAUAUGGAUGAGCAUACCGUUCGUGCCCGUGCCGGUCUGUUGAAUAUCACGAGCUGGCUGGCAAUCAUCAACAUCUUGCUGUGGAAAGUUAUGGUGCUCCUGUUCAGAGUUUUUCGCCUGCUUUGUCAGUUAAAUAUUUCGUAUUUAUCCUUUUUCUCUCCCUGAGUAGUCCAUUGUCGUUCCGAACCUCUACGACGCCUAUUUGGCAGUUUGCGCAGAUUUCUUGUGCGAGGUUUAUUGCAUUGUAUUGCAUUCUAUUUUGCAUUUCAGUAUUUCUAAAGUAAUCUUUUGUAUCUUUUUUUGUGGUUUUCCAAUUUCAAAUGAGCGGGAUUCCUUUGUUGAAGUCAGAUCGAUUAACUGCGAAGAACUUGCUCGAGCUCGAAAAAAAGUAAUCAAAGAAGUCAGUGCACAAACACUGAUCUUCUAUAUGUAGUAGCUAGAAGUAGAUAAUGAACCCAAAUUAUAAUGAUGGCCGAACUGUUAGUAACCAGAAGGCGGUGGCAUAAGAACAGAUAAGACACCGGCGUCCACCCUGCUGUGUCCUUGAUUUCUUAUUUGCGUCUUGAAUUCCCUUAAAGUUUAAUUGAGCCCUCAACCCAAUAUAGUAGCUGUCAGUGUAGAUGGGGUUCUUUUCUUCAUAUUGAAAUCGACGCUGUUGUACGUUCUGUAUCCUGUGGUAUUCUACGAUAUGCUGGUGGCCUCUGCGUUCGGAGUAGUACCGCUGUCGCCGUACGGCUUUGUGGGCGCCUUCCUUAUGAGCGCUUCCUCAUAUGAGUGAUCUAGUUGUUUAUUUCUCCGUGAACUCACCUGUACAUCCACUUCAAGAAUAGGGUUAGUAAUGAAGCACGUAAUUAUUAUUUCUCCAUGGACGCUAAGGCUCCUAAAAGAAACUUCGGAAACAUUUGACGGCGAACCACACUCACACUAGGAGCCUGAAGUAGACGCUAGAGGCUGGAGUGAGUCUCUCUUUACUUCUGACUUGCUUCAAAGCUACUGGUCAUUUACUGUCUCGUAUGUCACGUGGGUUGUAGUUUUUUACUCCUAGAUAUAAUAGAUAUCGGGUCUGCGGUCUGACGCAAAAGUCUCUAAUUCUCUGGCCUCGACCUUUGGCCCUUCACAGCCAUUGUGGAAACCCGCGGAGCCAAAGCGCUUCGCUUGGAUCAUCGGCUUCUUUCUUAUGUCUCUCACAUUAUUAUUUAACAUCUACUUAACUUGUGACCAGCACACGGCCGAUCUACUUCUACUACUUGCCUUGGGUGAUAUUAUUUUCCUGGUGAUAGAGUUUCUAGCUUUUCUUCAAAGACCAGCCAUUGAUUUAUUCAAAUGAAUGCACUCAAGCAAACAAUUAUCAGCUUGACAAGGUUAAGCUGUAGCUCACUAUUAAUUUGCAAAGAACAAAAGGAAAAGGAGAACUUGACUACUUGUCAUCCAUCAAUAAAAAUAUUGUGAGAUGAAAAUAUAACUCUUUGCCAGGAGGAGCCAGAGGGAAGGAUUACUCACGGUGAUUGAUGAGAUAUCAAGCCACUAUCAGUCCUGAUUGUGAGGUCCUCCUAUUCGCAACUACACUGACGAAUUUAUAUACUUAUAUAUAUAAUAUAUCAGAUAUUUAACUCCGACGUUAAUCACGACGACAACUUUGAUGAUCAUUAGUGGUUCCCAUACAAUCGCCCUGAUGUCCUUUCAUAGCAGUAGUGAAUACGUGUUUCUUGGGGUGGUUCUACGAAAUUCGCCCUUUGCUGCUGAUGGCUGUGGCAAUGUGCAAUGCGGCGACCUGGGCUGAGUCGGCUUUGGGAUUCUGCGUUGGAUGUUGGAUGUGGAACACGAUCAUUGCUCCCCGAUUGGGCCAAGCUGCGUGUGAGGAAUGCAAGUUGUAA